UGUGGCUCCAAACUUCAAUUUGAUUAUUAGAAGAAAGAAACCGAAACCCUAAAAAUUAAGCUGGCGCUUAAUUUACCCUCCAAAAAACUCGAAAAUUCCGGGAACCAACCAAAAAUUUUCACUUUCUCAAAUCUAUCCCGCCACUACAGUGAGAGAGGGAAAAACAAAAUUCAAAAGAAUUGAAUCCAAGAAACACAAAAUAAGCUUUCUCCACCAGUCUUUCUCUCUCUCCUUGCCUGACACACUCAAGAUCGGACAAUCUGUUUCCUUUCAGGUUCUUGAAACAUUUUCGAAAUAACUGUCAUGGCGGUUGCUACUUCGUCUUCAGGUCAAGAUUUGGAAUGUGAAGUUGUCGUUGAUGGUCAAGUGAAGAAGGAGAAUAAGAAGAGUCGGUCUAAGUGCCCUGGUGUUCGUGUUAUACAUGGCAGAAUUUACGAUUCUGAUAAUGGCAAGACUUGUCAUCAAUGCCGGCAAAAAACAAGAGAUUUUGCAGCUGAGUGCAAGAUUCUGAAAGGCAACAAGCAGUGUACCAUUAAAUACUGCCAUAAAUGCCUAAUGAACAGAUAUGGAGAGAAAGCUGAAGAGGUAGCACUAUUGGAUAACUGGACAUGUCCUAAGUGUAGGGGCAUUUGCAAUUGCAGCUUCUGUAUGAAGAAAAGAGGUCAUAAGCCUACUGGUAUACUUGUGCAUACAGCCAAGGAAAAUGGGUUUUCCUCUGUCUCAGAAUUGCUGCAGAUUAAAGGUCCUGAAAAUUUUGCUUGUGAUAGGUUUCCAAACAAUACAGGUGCUUCAUUGAAUAAACCUGCUUCUGCAAAGGAGUCUAUAAUUGCUUCACCAAGGAAACUGGGGAAGGAAAAUUCUUUGGAUGGAAAAUGUGAUUCACAUUCCCCGAAGUCAUCACCAGUCUCUAACAAGAAGAAACAUAAGAAAGCAAAAAGCGAAGGAUUACAUGAUGUUAAUAGUCUAAGGGAUAGUAGUCGAAAGAAACCCAGAUUUACUGAGGAAGUUUUGACGAAUAAAAUGAAAAUAAAUGGGAAGGAUGAAGAUUCUUUGGUAAAAACAUGCAAGUCUAAGACAGAGUUUAAGGACAUUCCUAAGAAAGAAGUAAAGAAAAAUGACAAGGUUGAAGGUGUCAUUGCUGUUGGAAAGAAGUUUAAGAAACAGUCUCAAGAUGUUUCAAAGAAAGAAGUAAUAAAUGUAAAGGCUGAAAGUGAGAAUGAGAAUUUUCAGCCACAAAUAUCAAGGAAUGUUGUUUGUUUGAUUGCAAAUGAAAAAAGGGAUACUGGGAAUUGCAAAAGUAUAGGUGUUCCAGGUGGUGUUAAAUGCAAUGUUGACAAGGGUACUAUAGAGCUUCAGAGCAAACAAACUGAAGAUGACAUUCAGUUGCCUUCAGGAACCUGCUUAACUAAUGUAGCAGGGAUUGAGUUACCUCAUGAAGAUGCUGGGCAUGCCUUGCAAUUCUUUGAGUUCUGUGCUGCUUUUGCUGAGGUUCUUGAUCUCAGGAAAGGGCAAGCUGAAGCUGUGAUUAGAGAAAUAAUAUUUGGCCGAAAAGCGCGCCGGUCACACAGCUCGUUACUAGUGCAGUUUCAAAUCAAAUUAUUGUCCCUGAUACUAGAGGAUAUGGGAGAAGAGUCUCCAACUCUAAGCACAGCAAAUGGGCAAACUUCAUGGUUAAAAGCUUUUGGGAAAUGUGUCUCUGACAGAAAAUUCAUGUCAAAAGAAUUCCCCUCUGAUUGUUUUGAUAGGGGUAAUGAAAGAUAUGAUAUGUUGAACACCUCAGAAAAGUUUAAACUGUUGAACUUUCUAUGCGAUGAGGCUCUUAAUACCAAAGAUUUGAGGAGUUGGAUUGAUGAUCGAAAUUCUAAAUUUGUUGAAAAGGAGAAGGAAGCAAAAGAAAAAGUUCUUGCAGCGAAGGAUAAGGAGAAAAAUUUGAAACAGAAGGUACACGAUGAGGUGGCUAAAGCCAUUAUUGCAAAAAGUGGUGCUCCCUUCUCUGUUUCUGAGCAUGAAGCGAUAGUAUCACAAAUAAAAAAAGAAGCUGCUCAAGCUCAUGUGGAAAUGAUGGCAGCCGUGGGAAUGGUACCCAAAAAGAGACAAAGAUCUGAUGCUGUUAGAACAGAUCCUAUCCUUUUGGAUGUCAAUGGCCAUGCCUUCUGGAGACUGAAAGGAUAUAAUGGCCAAUCAGAUAUUUUGCUUCAAGAUAUGGGAAAUUGGACUGUAGCUGCACCUGAGGAGAAAUGGUUUGUCUAUGAUGCUGAACAGAAACAAGGAGUUGAGAAAUACAUCUCUUCCUUAAGGACAAAAAGACUUAGGGCUCAAAAAGUUGCUGGACGCCCAUCAUAUGCAGACUCUGAAACAAAUUUAUAGCAUGGAUUUUGCGACGAUUUGCCAAUUUUUGUGUGUAAAAUUGAGUGCCUAUCUUGUUCCCAUGUUGAAACAGAUGAUGAAGAAAAUUCAGAGAUUUUUUGCUGCUACAUGAUUGACAAUGGCAAUGGGAAUGGCAUCAUGCAAUUCGGUUUGGUCCCCAUAUUAGUGGAAAUUUUGUUCAGAAUUUCGUUGUUGUAUGUUGUAGGAGAUUGUAAGCUUUUGUCACCUUUUUUUUGAAUACCUGUCUGUUCACAUUGUGGCUGAACUUCUUACCUGUAAAGGUUAUCAUUACUGGUUUACAUAUAUAACCCAUUGUUCGGGGAAACAAUUUGGAUACAAUGUUUCCCUUGGCCUCUUUUCUAGUGAAGCCUAUUUUGCUUAGAUAGAUUGUAAAAGAGUUGUAGCAGAAACAAGCAAGUAAACCUGUGUCACGUCCGCGCUGUUUAUAUUUAUAUUUAUAUUAUUAUU